CCCUGUCAUAUCUCAUUAUCUACGCUUGGCCGAUCACAAUCCCCUCUCCCCUUGCGAAACAUGGCCAAAUUCCCCGAGGUUCAGGGGGGAGGUUCGCUGAUAGUGGCCUGGCAGGCCAAAAACAAGCAGGUGUUGGUGGUCGGGGGUGGUGAGGUGGCGGCUGGGCGAAUCCUGCAUGCCCUCAAUGCCGACGCUCAAGUGACAGUGGUCUGCCCAGCAGGUGGACUGAAUGACGAGGUGGCAUUCCGGGUAGCUGAGAAGCAGGUCACCCACGUCGAUCGCCACUUCGAGCCCCGCGAUCUGGACCAUGCGGACAUGGUGCUGUGUGCCAUUGAUGAUCCCGACGCCUCGACUCAGGUGUGGAAACUCUGCAAGGAGCGGCGCAUCCCAGCCAACAUUGCCGAUGUCCCACCCGAGUGCGACUUUUACUUUGGGAGUGUCCACCGCGAUGGGCCGUUACAGGUGAUGGUCAGCACCAACGGGAACGGCCCGAAGUUGGCCAGCCUCGUUCGAAAGAAGAUCGCCGAGACUCUCCCUGGAAAUAUGGGAGCGGCGAUCGAGAACGUGGGCAAGCUGCGGAAGAAACUGCGUGAGGUGGUCCCCCAUCCGGACGAAGGCCCCAAGCGCAUGAAAUGGAUGUCUGGCGUGUGCGAAUCAUGGAGUUUAGAAGACCUCGUACAGAUGACGGAGCAAGACAUGGAUAGGUUGCUGGCCCACUACGAGUCCGGCCAGAUUCCUCCGUUGCAGCAAGUCCGGGCAUAA